AUGCGCGGGUCACUUGUGCAGCUGUACUGCUACGACAUGUCCGGCGGCAUGGCGGCAAACCUAAGUGCGUUAUUGAUUGGACACCAUCUGGAUGCCAUCUGGCACACCGCCAUUGUCGUUUAUGGAAAGGAAUUUUACUUUGACGGCGGCGUCGGUGUGGUCCACGAGUCGCCAGGGCAGACACGCUUUGGUGCACCGAAGCGCAUCGAGGUUUUGGGGGAAACGACCAAAACGGAGGCUGAAUUUCGGGAGUGGACGCAGCAGCAACGUCGCAGCGGCUUCGGCCCGUACGACUACAACCUCAUUAACCGCAACUGCAACCAUUUCACGCAGGAGGCGGCGCAGUUUUUGGUAAACCGAGAUAUUCCAGACAACAUACGCAAUAUGCUCCCGAACGUGUUAGAGACGCCGCUUGGUCGCAUGCUGCGUCCCAUGCUAGAGGGGCUCACAGCGGCCCCUGUGGAUGCUGGAACUGCGGCUUCACAACCGUCCGUGCAAGCGGCUUUCUCUCCCCCAGCCACAGUCGUUGGUGGUUUACAUUCUACGAAGGAGAUGUUCACGGAUGCAGAGGAGGAAGAGCUUAUGCUUGCGUGUGCGAUGCUGCAAUGCAACGAGUUGCUGUCGGGAGGGUCUCAGGAGGGAUUAAACGUCACACGUGGGGCUAUUGAACUUCUUCGCAGGUCUUUCAUGAAUAUCUUGGAGAACCCCACUGAACCAAAGUAUCGAGGCCUGCUCACAACCAGUCAAAGUUAUACGACAAAGCUGCUUCCAUUGGAGAAGUUUGGCAUUCUUGACAUUCUGCGUCUAUCUGGAUUUCGUCUGCGUCAGCAUCCUUCCGGUACAGGGCAGCAGUGGUACUUGAACGACGCCGAUGGCAGCGAUGCGAUACUAAGUAUUAUGGUUACCCACUUGACCGAGCUUCUGGAGGCUGUGAAUGCGGAGGCCGCCCCAUCUGUGCCUGUGCAGGAAACCUCUGUGUGUGGUGAGACACCAGCUGAGGCUCAGGAGCUCCAUCCUCCGGUGGAGAUUGAGAAGCACAGUACGGGUAAUCGUGCAUUGGAGGCGAUAUUGCACGACGCCGGAAAACCCCUCUCCUCGCUUGAGGAGCUAUGGAAAUGGUCGUCUGCGGCGGCUGGCCCCAUUACGCCUGCUGUGCCGUGUCGUCAGCGUGUGGCUGGCACAUACGGGACGGAGGAAAAACCCCGACUUUUGGUAUGCCACGAUAUGCGCGGUGGGUACAUGGCCGGCGACUACGCUCGUUUCGCGCUCUGCGAUGCGACCGCCUCAGUGAAACCGGCGGUGGAUGCCACCUACACAGUGAACUACUGGAGCCUGGUGGACUACUUUGUCUACUUUUCCCAUCAUCGCGUUUCCAUUCCACCGAAGGAAUGGAUUAACGCCGCCCAUCGUGAGGGGGUACCAGCACUCGCCACAUUCAUCACCGAAUGGAAUAAUGUAGAGAUUGGUCUGCUGCUUCACAGCGCAGAGAAAAUGGGCGAUGCCAUUCUUCAGUUGGUUGCGAUCUGCAACGCCUACAACUUUGACGGUUACCUCAUUAACAUUGAGGACAGCGUGGACAAGAUUCUUGCAAGUCGGUUAGUGAUGUUUGUGAUGAUGCUCCGCCGCAGCCUCAACAAGGACCGGCCCCCGUCCUCCCCGGAGCGGGUGGUCAUCUGGUACGACGCCGUCACCAUAGACGGCGACUUGGACCACCAGAACGGUCUCACAAAAAAGAACGAGACAUUUUUUGACGCCAGCAACGGCCUCUUUACGAAUUACAUGUGGCGCCCAACGCGCCUCGUUGUGUCGACCAAACUUGCGGGGAGGCGUGCGCAGGACGUGUACGUCGGUGUGGAUGUGUUUGGGCGCGGCGUGUAUGGAGGUGGGGGCUACAACAGUGACAAGGCCGUGAAAUGCGCAUACGACGCGAAGCUUUCUGUUGCUCUCUUUGCGCCCGGGUGGACGUUGGAGAGAGAAGGCGGGGGUAAGCGGGAGACUUUUCUCCACUCCGACGCCAAGAUGUGGGCAAGGCUGCAAGGGUUCUUCGAGCCCAAGUAUGUUGCGUAUGACACGCUGCCGCUCUGGACCUGCUUCCGCUCAGGUGUGGGGAAACAGUUUUACGUCAACGGCGAACGCGUCGUGGGUGAGGGGCCGCACACCGCUGAGUGGUGUCAGGUCUCCCAGACACACCUUACGCCUUGUUUCCAGUUCACUUCCAGCAGUGCGGAGCGUGGUGCGUGGUGCGUGCUGCCGCUGGGAACGGCGGCCGGUGGUGCAGACAAGGCUGAUACCAAACAUUGCGACGUGGUGCCUGUGGAGUGGCUAACAGACCCGGUGUGGAUGGGGGACCGCAGCCUGAGAUUUGUUGUGCCUCGUGGGGGUGCUGUGACACUCCUGCGGUCGCGGAUCGGUCUUGGUGGCUGCAGUGAUAAUAAUGGGGUGCUGGCGUUCCUCGACGUUGCCUGGUGGUGUGACUCCAGCAGCAAAGAACAUUGGCCUUCGCGACGUCUGCGUGUGGAAGGCGUUUCGGCCAACUCCGUGAGUCACAUCAUAUUGGACGAGGAGAAUGGCUCCGGUAGGUCGGCAAGUAUUGUUGCGGGGGUUGGUGACUGGGAGAUUGUCCGCUAUGUUAUUCCGGCCAGCACCAACUGGUUAUGUAUAACUUCCGUGGCGGUGUUAAAUAUUUCAUUGCUUCAUGCGCUGCGCUGUACGCUGGGUGGCAUGGGCUUUCUUCCGUCCACACACACUGAGAAGGAGAGUGUCCUGCAGGUUGGCCCGGCACAUCCGCUACCCGCGGGCGCGUGCGUUGUCAAGUUAACCAAACAACCCACAACACGUGCAGUUCAGCUGAAGUUGCCGCAGGAAGGGAAAGAGUGGGAGAGUUUCCUUGCGUUUGCAAGGGUGCGUGCGGGGGAUGGCGCCUCCGUUUCUGUGUACAUGGGGCAGCACGAGGCAAAACCGACAAUGUGGCUCGAACUUCACAUUGCACCCAGCGCUACCGUGGAGAAGCUUCUGCUUCACCGUGUGUCCUCCGGUAGCUGA